AUGGAGACCCCUCUGCUGCUCCUCAGCCUGGGGUUGAUUCUUGUAGGAUCUUCAGGAAACGAAAUGGAGACAAUUAAAGAAGAAUUUUCCGAGGAAGAGCUGCAAUACAGCAUGGCAAAAAGUGACCGAGAAAAACAGGCCAUCGGAGUAUUAAUGCCCUUGACUCUGUUGUAUAAAAAUACCAGCCUUCACGCAUCCAAGGAUGUUAUGUCUUCGUUAUUGACAUUCAGAAGAUUACAUUAUAGCUUCCCUAAGGGAAAAAGUUCAGGUGAUGACAAAGAGUGUUACAAUGACAUGGUGAUCUGGAGAAAAGUUUUAGAAGCUAAUGGGUCAUGUAAGGUGAGCAAUAACUUUAUUCUUGGCUCCAUGGAAGUGAUCCGCGGGGUCCCCAAAGCCCCCAGCUGCAAGCGUGGACGAAAUCUUGGCAUAAGCUGCUCUGAGAGCCCAGAACUGAAGCCUGCUAUGGGCCAGCUCACUAUGGCCAAACAAUUCCCCAGGUGCCAAUACCACAGUGUUACCUCAUUAAAUAAGAUGCUGGCUGUGCUAACAGGUCAUUCUCUGAUGAGCUGGUUAGUUAGUGGCUCUAAAUUGUAA